AUGAAGUCUUCUACUGUUUCUCUCAUUCUUGCCAGUGCAGCCUUCUUCGGAGUCGCCAAUGCUCACAGUCGUGUUUGGAGUGACUGGGUUGAUGGUGUUGACCAGGGCGCGGGUGCUGGUGUUUAUAUUCGUCAACCUCCAAGCAACAGUCCCGUCAAGGACCUAACUUCAGACGACGUCUUCUGUAAUGUUGAUGGCACUACUGCAGCGUCUAGCACCAUCUUCAUUGCAGCUGGUGAUACUCUUACUUCAGAGUGGUAUCACGAUACCCGUGGUGACGACAUCAUCGCUUCCAGUCACGUUGGCCCCAUCGUGGCUUACAUUGCGCCUGCCGACGCUACCCCAGGAGAGGAUGCCUGGGUCAAGAUAUACGAGGAAGGUUACGACGGUAGUGAAUGGGCUGUUACUAAACUGAUUGCCAACGAAGGCAAGGUCGAUAUUACCAUUCCUUCGACCCUGGCUACCGGUGAUUAUCUCUAUCGUAUUGAGAUUCUCGCCUUGCACGAGUCAGACACACUGUACACCGCCAACUCUGCUCGUGGUAUUCAGCUCUACCCUUCUUGCCACCAGCUCACCGUCACUGGAUCCGGCAGCACAAGCCUCCCGAGUGGUGUUCCUUUCCCUGGUACCUACACCGACGAUGAACCUGGCAUUUUAUUCAAUGUGUACAACGAAGAUGCUUCUACCUACGUUAUUCCAGGACCCGAUGUUUGGGACGGAACCUCUUCUUAUGAUACUUCUGGAUAUACCGAUGGUUCCUCUGGUUCCUCUAGCUCUUCAACGGCCACCGCAGCCGCCGUUGUCUCCAGUACAACUAGUGCUGCAACUGUUAUUGCGACAUCGGCUUCUGCUUCUGCAACCACCGCCGUUACCUCCACCAGCAACGUCAUCGUAUCAUCUUCCGUUUCUUCUGCUGUUUCCUCUUCUGCUGCUGUCUCUGCUACCGCAAAAUCUACCUCUUCCGUAGCUACCACCGCUACGACGGCAGCUGCAACAGCUACCUCUACCUCCGGUGUUGUUGAUGCCAACGUCUGUUACAACAACCGGAACACUUGCGUUGCCAAAAAUCGCCCAAGCACUGAUACUACUGCUUGCGACACCGAGAAGACUUCGUGUUUGUCCAACGCGGAGAUCAACUACAAUAUGGUUACCCGUGCCAAGCGAGAUGGCAAGUUUGGGAGACUACUCAUCUAA